ACCCCCCGACUAUACUCUCUUCGAAUCCUGCGGAGCGUCACGGUUUGUCGUAGGUCCGCCCUCGAAAGUCUCCAACUAAAAAAAAAACGCAAAUUGAAAAAAAAACCGCGUAAUAGGCGCGUCAAAUCAAAGAUAACCGAAGUUCGAAGUUAUCGGGAGUUCCGUAUUAACGUCCCGCGAAACUCGAUUUUCAUUUUGUUUUCGCAUUCGAACAAUCACCUAAUGUGGAAUCAAUACUGGGGAUUGGGUAGGCCCACAGACCCGGAUCAAUCCGGCCCAAAGUUGCUGUUGGUAUGUUACUCUGCGGCGAGUGCAACGGGUCGCCUUUAUUGAGUUUACACUUGAACGCCGCGCUUUUGCACACUGAGGGCGGUUAUCGGUCGCCCUACGGUUCAUUGUUGGCGGUCGUGUGCACUAUGGCCGCCCAAGUAACGGCGCCUGCGCCCGCGCAGCCCGACGAUGAUAUUUUUCUCGAAAAUGGCCUUCUAAGCUACGAGAAUCCGAACUACCGCUUAGGACCGUCGAAUCGCCUGGACGACGCCCUCAACUCCAACACAGACAGCAUCUACGAAGACAUUUACCAGGAAUUGGACGAUAUCUGCAACAUGGGUCGCACGGGAGCCAAAGCCGCCAUUAACGGCGGUUCGGCAAGGAAAUCUUACGCUAGCUUGGAUGUAGAAUCGAUGGGAGUCGAUUUAACGGCUGGACCGUUGGCACAAAGCAACGUUGUAGAUAAUAGAAGGAACGCGGAAUGGAACGGCAAUGGUUUAAUAAGGGACAAAAAUAACACUACGACCAUUUGGGACAAUUUAUGUGAAAAUAUGGCCAAGGAAAACGGCGACCUAGUUCCUCACAUAAUGGGAAACUUAACAAACGACUUGUACGCGGUUCCCGUAAAACGGAGCAAUAAAAAAUCAAAUUCCUCGCCGGAAAAGUGUAAUAAAAUCUCGUCGCUGUCUCCGGAUCACGACUGGGAUAAUCAAAGCGACUUGCCACCCGGCUGGGAAAAACACGAAGAUAAUGAUGGUCCAUAUUAUUGGCACAUAAAGAGUGGAACCAUUCAAAGGGAACUGCCUCUUUUCGACCUGGACAAAGAAAAGUCAGAUACCAAAUUGGGAUUUAAAGAGAGUGACUUAAUAAGUUCGUUCGAAACCGCCAUGACUGUAACUCGCAGCAACACUAGCUCCGCAUUGGAUCUGGAAACGGACGAUAGAAAAAGAAGGGACGACAUGGCAUUCAAACAUUCUAGAAGAAGAAGUUUCCCUUCGAAGCCAGAUCAAGAGGUUAGAGAACGACCAAUUAGAUUCGCAGUUAGAUCUUUAGGUUGGGUUGAAAUUGCUGAAGAAGAUUUGACUCCCGAAAGAAGUAGCAAAGCUGUUAAUAAAUGUAUAGUGGAUUUGUCUUUAGGGAAGAAUGAUCUGUUGGAUGUAGUAGGAAGAUGGGGUGAUGGUAAAGACUUGUUCAUGGAUUUGGAUGAAGGAGCGUUAAAGCUUUUCGAUCCAGAAAACUUGACGGUUCUUAAUACGCAACCAAUUCACACCAUUAGGGUAUGGGGUGUUGGUAGAGAUAAUGGGAGGGAUUUUGCAUACGUUGCUCGCGAUCGUACGACAAAAAAGCACAUGUGUCACGUGUUCCGAUGCGAUAUGCCCGCCCGCACCAUUGCAAACACGCUUCGAGACAUAUGCAAAAAAAUCAUGAUAGAACGCAGUCUUCAGCAAAACUUGGGCAAAACUGCGAUGGAUGCUAGUGGGCGCAGUCUAGCGGCGAGACCUUGUAACCUGCCCAUGGAACACCGAAGGCCAACCCGAAACAGUCAAAUUUUUAUAUCCCAGUCGUUUCCGACACCGAUGGAAGAGCCAAAAAAGGUGCUUCGAGCUCAGUACUUGGGUUGCUGUCAAGUGAAUCAAGCCACCGGAAUGGAUGUAUUAAACGACGCGAUUGAUCGGUUAGCGACUGGUAUUCCUCAAGAUAAAUGGCAGUCGGUUAAUAUAUCAAUUGCACCUUCAAUGAUAUCUGUCCACCAUCCAACAGAUGACAGACUUUUGGCGGAAUGUAGAGUAAGAUAUCUAUCAUUCUUAGGAAUAGGUAAAAAUAUCAAACACUGUGCUUUCAUAAUGCACACCGCCCAAGACACAUUUAUGGCUCACAUAUUUUACUGCGAGCCAUCGUCCGGAGCCUUAUGCAAAACCAUCGAAGCAGCAUGUAAAUUAAGGUAUCAGAAAUGUUUAGAUGCCCAUCCCCAAGGCGUAGGAAGUAGCAAUAGUAAUUUGAGCACUCCCAGCAGCAGUAUUGGAGCGGCACUCAAGUCUAUAGUAGGAUCGCUGAGGGGCAGAAAAAGUAAGAGCGCGGAUUCUUGAGAAGAUUGAUACAAUUUGCAGCCACUUAAGGGGAUAAAAAUUUCUCUCCAAAGGAAUCCGGAUCCCCUGUAGUGUGUGAAACUAUCCGUCGCAAGCAAUUGUAGGAUUUGCGGAAACAUUUACAGCAAGCCUUUCUAGUGAUGUUCUCUGAAGGACAGAAACGACGAAAAAAUCAAAUUUAACUAAUCAACACAUUGUCCAUUUAUAUAUAAAUACCGCCACGCUUGCUAACGUUUGACCGCAUUUGAUUUACAGAAACGUUUUAAAAUAACUUAGUUUUGCUGACUCAUUAAAAGUGUUAUUAAGUUGUCCUUUUUAUUGUGGUACAAAAUGACGGUUUGCUAUACUAGUUAGUUGCUCAGGUAGUACUAUAUUUGUAAUCAAAUGCAGUCAACUUGAUUUUUCGUGAAGCUUUGCACUAUUCACUUCACAGGGUAUGUGUUUAUGAACGAUUUCUAAAAAAUUGUAUGACUGAUGUUGCUAGUAGGGCACACAAAAGUGUGCUCCUGAACUUUUGAGAUAGGUAAUUUCUAUUUUGAUGUAUUCUAAACUUCUCCUAAGUGCUUCUUGUAAAUUACCAGAAUUUAACGUGUUAUUUCGGUGUUUACAGUAAGUAGUUGUUUUUUAGAAUUUCAAAUGUCCAAUUUCCUUAUUUAUUUACCGCCUUAUACUUUCGGAAAUUAAUAAAUUUAUAUCAUAUCAAGAAAAAAAGUUGCAUAGGUUGUUAUAAUUAGAAUAUACUGUAUAAUAAUUCCAAGUCAUUAUGUACCAGAAAGCAUUUGAUCUGCCGAAUGAGGAUUAAACCAAUUUCCAAUGCCGAUCACUUUGUGUAUAUUAGUCUAAGUUUCUAGAAUAAGGGCGUGGAUUCUUUGAGGGUAAUUACUCAUAAAAAUAAGGUUACACAAUCACUCUUUAGAAUACUAUUAAGCAAAAACUGAAAUUAGCAAAAAUCUUCAAUUUUUCUAUACUAAUAACAAACCCUAUCAUAUUAUAUUUUCUUUUCAAUUCUUCCGAAAAAUUUUACACAUAUUAUUUCAUGCCUAGAAAAUCAAAAUACAUUUAAUAUUACCGAUCAUAAAUGGCAAGAAGCAAAAUUUAUGUUUUUCUUAUAGCAAAACGCUAAUAAAAUUUAAUAUUUUUAGUAUUUAAUUUAUCGAGUGACAAAGGGACUAAAGGAUUGCUGCUGCUGCUUAUAUAUGGUGUUUCAGUUUUUUGUCGCAUAAUUAUGACAGUUAAUAGACUUUAUGCCAUAAAACGAGUGGUUAUCAAGAAAUUAAAGUGUGCAUAGAAUUUUCUCUUUUUCUCCAUUAAAUCUAAAUGAUAAUGGCACAAAAUUAGGUCUAUUCUAAUUGCGGAAACUAACUAAACAAAUUUUGGGCCAUUAUGUCGCACCAUUUAGACAGAAUGGGGAAAAGAGAAUAUUAAGUGCACACUAACCCUAAUUAAACGUUUUUUGACCUGUAUUUUGCAUCAAUUUAUUAAGUGAAACAUUCUGUAUAUAUCUAGGAGUUUUGUUCGUUUUGAAAAUAUUUUUUUCGGUUUGCCCCUACAUAUUAUAAAUUAUAAUUUUUCUACAACAUAUAGAUUUCUUGAAUGAGAGCGAUACAUAAUUUGAUUGCACUAUGAACAUUUUAUUUAUUUUUUUACAGUUUUUUUGGUUUAGUUUUAAUAUGUACUGCGCCCGGCUAUUUCUAGUAUAAGAAACCUAGUGUAAAUGAAUAAUCUAGGUACACUUGUUAACCCAAUGUUUUUGUUUUUUAUCAAAAAGUUAAAAUCGACUUGUAUCAAUACUCGACAUACUAGACUAAUACACAAAUAAAUACAACUUAUUCGUGCUUGCAAAAAACCUGUCGCAAAUUCGUAAAGUUUCUAUGGUAUUAUGCUUGCUUGUAAAUUAACAAAUAAUUAUAUAACGUAAUUGUUCAAAAUACAUAGCACCAAGGAUACUGUGAACAAUAACUGUAUGUUUAUAAUUGAUGGUUAUGUAAAUAAUUUUAAGGAAAUGCUAUCAAGACUGCUUGAAAGUCCUUUAUAUAAUGUGCUUAGUGAAGGCAACCAAAUUAAAUAAUUUUUUUAAAA